AUGUCAGACUCGGAAGGCUCCGGACUGGUGUGCAAUGCUUGCGGUUUUGAAGAAGAGUUCAUUGCCGAUGGCAUGAUUCCCUGUGAGAAAUGCCAUCAAGUCUACUAUUGCAGCUUGGAAUGUCUGAAAUGGGAUUGGGAGGGAGGGGAUCACAGCAAUGUCUGUUCUGGAUUGCAUGGCGCCGGCAAUACGAAUGAUGAUGAGGACGAAGAAGAAGAAGCAUCCUCCGAAGAAGCAUCCUCCGAAGAGACAUCGGGGGAAUCCUUUCACUCUUCUGUCGACGACGACGAGGCAAGUCCAUCAGAAGACAGCGAUAUUUCCAGUGGGAUCCAUUCGGAGGAACUGAUAGACGAAGACGAAGAAGAGAGCGACACUAGCACCAGUGCAUCACUGCAAUCACCCCAACCAGCAGCUCCCGUUCAUCAUGAUACUACUGAUAAUGGUGACAGACCAGGUGGAGAAAAGCGAGAUCGAUCCGCUUCGCCGUCCCAAUCCAAUUCCCACAGAAGAAAGACUCCCGAGGACAAACCCCCACCCCACAAAAAACCUACUGGAGGAGAAUUUCAUCCCGAACAGCAACAACCCAUGGAAUGGCGCAGUGUCAAUGGAAAGAUGACACUGGUGCCCAAGAAUGCGCCUCGGCAACCACCUCCUCCUGCUGCUGUUCCAUAUCGAGGGAGAUUGCCACCCGCCAAUCGAGGAGGAGGCGAGGACGGUGCCAUACAACGACACUCUUCGGGGAGUGGGAGACUCCACCGGUAUAGUGAACCACCUCCUCUGGUACCGCCGCCACCAGCAUCACCACCCAAACAGCCAAAACCGCAAGCACCACCACCACAGUAUGAGAUUGUAGAGGAGGAAAUCAUUGAAGAGGUGAUUGUUGUGGAAGAAGAAAUCAUUGAAGAGAUUAUAGUAAAUAGCGACGGCGAAUCCAUCGGAAACUCGAGUGAAUUUCAGAGUGACCAACCCGCACCGGGGUCUUCCACCAAUGGUACUGGCAACGCCCCACAUGACGAACAAAUGCACGUAUCGCUAUGGCUACACGAACAAGAUUCCAUCGUAUCAACCUUGGACGAUGAUAUGAAUUGGGAAAUGGACGGCAGCGGGCAGCAACAGCCACAGCGACCGGAACAAGACGAACCACCACCUCUGGUGCAUCCGAAUCAAAUACAACAACAACAACAACAACCACAACGUUCGGAACCAAACCCCGCCGAACAGGGACACCAUUCCUCGGGGCGAAACAUGUCGAAUUCCAUGCUGGGAGAUGAUUUUGACGCGGAAAGUGAGGAAGAUGCCGACGUCUUUUUCGUCCCGCAAAAGUCACCAGCAGCACCCAAGCAGGCACCUUCCAUUAUUGCCGAAGCGGAUGCGUCCGCGGGAGGUGCGGCACCCUACCGGCACUCGCAGCAACUACAUGCGCACGUGCAGCAGCAGGAACAACCACAAAGCAUGAACGAGUCCUUUCCAGCGCCCCAGAAACGAGGAUUGUUUGGUCGAUUUUUCGCUCGAAACAACAACGCUGAUCCACCGCAACCGCAGCAGCAACAAGAACAGCAACAACAACAACAAGCGGUACCACCGCCAGCACCGGCACCAUCCCCACCACCACCACCCGCCCCAGCGCCACCCCCAGAAGCACCAGCUACUAAGAGCAACUUUUUUGGAUGGGGAUCCCGAGCAACUCCCACGAACGAUACGACAGAUCCACCACCGCAUGCGGCACCUGUCUCACCACCCGCUCCGGCACCCGCGCCAAGGCCACCGUCACCACCACCGAGGGAGCCUUCGCCCCCGCCGAUGGAGCCGCCAUCACCACCACCGCCAGAGACAAAACGCCAACCACCACAAGAUCGACCGCCCCCGCAGCGACGGAACCGGCCAUCUGGGACUGGCGGACGAAAGGGGAAAUUGCUGCCUACCAACGAUUUGCUAGGGCCGUCCACAUUUGAUCAACGGCCUCCAUCGAGUGGUCGGACCGACAAUCCCUUCAAAAUGUCGCUCGCACGAUCGUAUCAACGAUCGCUACGCCAUCGUGAAAUGAUGUCGCAAUCAGAAAGACUAGCUGCCACAAGGGCCGACGAAGAAUACGAACAACAACAACGACAACAAGAAGCCAUAGAAGAAGAAGAAGAACAACAACCUACCCAAAAUAUCUUUACAGGUCAAUGCAACGCGUGCGAAAUGAAUGCCGAUUUUGUUUCGGAAGGGCUCAAACCAUGUCCUUACUGCCAUGAAGUUCAUUACUGCACGGAUGAUUGUUUGCAAUGGGAUUGGGAAAGCGGGGGACACGCUCAAUCAUGCAGGGGUGCUGAGUUAGCGGGGGAUACACGGUUCAACCCAGCCACAGGGGCCGGUCAAAAUAGUGACAGUGACGGUAAUAUGUCCAUUGAAGCAUUUGAGGAAGGACAAGAGGAGGUGGCACUCCCAGGUACCUUCAUGGAUCGAGUCGCUGCAGCGAAAGCAUCUGUUGCAGCACAGAAACAGCUCAACUCACAGCCACAGCCACCUGAAAAAAGUAGAGAACCAUUGAUGUGCGCGGCUUGUGGUAUUGAUGCGGAGUUUGUAAGAGAGAGAUCUCACAUGCCUUUGCAUGGCCACCCUGUUUCCAGUGCCACUGCUUACAAUCAGGGGAGCAGUAAUGCGCCUUCUUGCAUUUCUGGCAAGGGAUCAUCCCAUCAGGAACAAACUCAGCAUCCAUGUUGCAUGCCUGGCACUUGA